UCUGUGUUGGCAGUUAAAGGGUCAUAUAUUGUAAGCUGUGCUUCUACAAAAGUUACUGCUCAUUCAUUCUUCAACUCAUCAAAAAGAGUAUUAGCAACAGAAGAGCGGCUGAGAGGCUGCUGUUAUGGGAUCAGCCAUGCUCGGAGGCAUCCACACAGAUUUGUUGAUCUCAGUGACUCUACUCUUUGUAAUUCAGUGCAGGGCUGGAAAUAACUUUUCAUCUGUUACUUUACCAAACUGGGAAACAAAUUCAGACUAUAUUACAGUGUGCUUUGACAACAGCCACACCAAUAUGAUUUGUAACUGGACAAGGAGCCAACAAACAGUGGAUGUUACAGUGAUCGGGUUAGAGAGUGGUCCACUGGAGAUAGAGGGCGAGGCCUGUCUAGAGUUCUGGUACCUGGCCCCAGUAGCAGCUAAUGGGUCAGAACUUCAAGCUCUGCUCAAAACCACUGCUGGUCUGGCAGAAAUAUGGACCUCGCCUACCCUCCCCAGAAACUCAUGGACACAAGUGUUUGUCCCCCUCCACAUCAUCGAACCCGAGACUAAGGUUGUACUUGAAGCAGUGUCCAUAGAGGAACAGGUCACAUUUAAACAUAUAGGUGUAAGAAGAGGCUCAUGUGGACCCCAGUGUGAAUCUAACACAGAGUUCUGGACAGAUGAGUUCACCCGCUGCCUCUGUUCUGCUGGCCAGCUCUCCUGCUCUCCCGCUCAGUGCCCUAGGGGCCAAAUUUGUCCUCCUCAAAGAGGAAACUCCAGUGGGAGUUCCACCUCGGGGACGUGCACUAUACAAAGUCACACAGACUUUAGCACUUUUGAUGGAGUGCUGUUUCGCUUCAUCUCCCCCUGCACCUUCGUACUAUCUAAGACCUGCUCACCCACGGAGACCCUGCCCAUGUUCAGUGUACAAGUAGUCAAUAAGCAUAGCAGGAACUCAACUCUGCCAACUGUCCAGAAGGUCACUGUGAACAUAGGGAACUUCAGGGUGUCCCUGCUGAAAAGGCAGACACACCGAGUUGUGGUUAAUGGGAUCUGGAAGAAGCUUCCGCUGAGCCUCAGCAAUGCCGCUGUCAACAUCAAGAGCAACCCCGCUGCUGUUCUACUGGGAACCAGUUUUGGGCUUUCUGUCUCAUAUGACAACACUGGUUCUGUCCAUGUCACCUUGCCAUCCGCAUACUCUGAUAAAGUCUGCGGUUUAUGUGGCAACUUUAACUACCUCAGAGAAGAUGACUUCCGCAAGCUGGAUGGUACAAAUGCCCAAGAUGCUACAGCUCUGGCUGAGAGCUGGCAGACUGGGGAAACAACAUCCCCCUGUGAAACCAUUCUAGUCCCUCAAGAGUGUGACCCAAUGGAGAGGGUCCAGUAUGGCAAUGAGUCAUACUGUGGAGUCCUCCUGUCUAGUACUGGGCCCUUUGCUGACUGCCAUUCAGUUCUAGAGGCAGAGAGCUACUUCAGGAGCUGUAUGGUCAGCAUGUGCUCUACUCAUGAUGACCAAGUAGUGCUGUGUGAGAUACUACAGGCCUAUGCUGAUAUCUGCCAGGAGGCUGGAGUCACUUUACCCAUAUGGAGGAACUCCACCUUCUGUUCCCCUCAGUGUGGUGAAAACAGCCAUUAUACAAACUUAUGUGCUGAUGGCUGUCCCGAGGUGUGCUCCAUUCUGGACAUACCUCGGUCCUGUGCAAGCUGUGAGGAAAGAUGCGAGUGUGAUCCUGGUUUCAAACUCAGUGGGAGAAGGUGUGUCCCAGCAGAUGACUGUGGGUGCUGGUAUAAUGGAAAACACUAUGAGAAAGGAGCAAGAGUUAUGGAAGGAGCGUGUGUUCAGCAGUGUCAGUGCAUGGGUAAUAAUAAUAUGUGGUGCACUGCGAUACAAUGUGCAGACAAUGAGGUUUGUAAGGACAAAGAUGGGGUCAAAGGCUGCUUUGCUUUCAAGCCUGCCACCUGUAGUGUGUACGGUGAUCCACACUACAUUACCUUUGACAAAUUGGCUUAUGACUUUCAAGGGGAUUGCAGUUACAUACUGACUACAACAUGUGGAAGUGAAAGUUCAGCCCAGUUCACUGUGAUCGGACACAAUGGGCAUCCUCUCCUUCAGAACUUCACCCGAUCCAAGCUAGAAGCGGUGACUCUGCGAGUUGAAGAUUUGUAUCUCACUCUGAAUCAAAAUGGAGAUGUCUAUGUAAAUAACAGCUUUGCCCAACUCCCCUAUUCCAUCAGUGGAACAUACGGCUCAGUAUGGAUUUCCACAAACAACAAUUAUAUAAUCUUGAAGACAUCCUUCGGCCUCCGAAUGAUGAUGGAUGGGCAGAACAGACUCUUCCUGCAGGUGGACGAGCACUACAAGUAUCAACUGUGUGGAUUGUGUGGCACCUACUCUGGCCACCAGGGUGAUGACUUCAUAACACCAGAAGGUCAAAACGUCACAGAGGCAUUUGAGUUUGGUGACAGUUGGAGGGUGCCAGACAACAAUGAGUGCAUUGCCUAUCCAAUUGAUCCGAGGCUAUGUGAUCAUACCGAAAUGAACGAGGCCAAUAAACAGUGUUACACACUACUGGGGGAUGCAUUCAGCUCCUGCCAUCAGCUCAUUCACCCAAGUAUCUAUUUCAACAGCUGUGUGUAUGACUAUUGUGCCACAGAAGGUGACCAACACACCCUAUGUGAAUCUCUGAAGUCCUAUGCAGCAGCAUGCCAGGUUGCAGGAGUGGAGCUUCCCCCUUGGCAGACUGGCACAGCCUGUGCUGACCCGCCAACCACCGCAACUCUUCCAACAACUCCAACUCCUACCACUCCAACACCAGAUCAGACUUUUUGUCCCAUAAAUUGUGAUUUUGAAAAAAAUCUGUGUGGGUGGGAGCAGCUCAUACAAGACAGUUUUGAUUGGACAAGAAAUUCAGGACCCAUCUCCUCAAACCUAACUGGGCCAAACCAAGACCACACUACUGGAGAUGGUUUCUACAUAUACACUGACGGAAGCAGUGCAAGCCAUGGAGACUCAGCACGUCUGUUGAGCUCAGUCUGCCAUUACAAUGGCCCAGUCUGCCUGAACUUCUGGUACAAUAUGUAUGGUUCAGCCACAGCCAUGGCCCUCAAUAUUUACAUGCUCAAAGACAAUAAAGCCACCCAGAUCUGGUCCAGGAAGAACAACCAAGGACCAGAAUGGUAUCCAGGAAGUGUGGACAUCAAAGUCCCUGGUCCAUUCCAAAUCAUAUUAGAGGGAAUUCGAGGUUCUAAUGCUCUAUCAGAUGUGGCAAUAGAUGACAUUUCCAUCCACUUUGGCACAUGCUCAGGUCAGGUCCCUGAAAGUGGAACUGAGUUCCCUCCAACAACUGUGGAAGUCAUUUCACGCCCAGGUGACAGUACAGUCUGCAGUCUCGGCUGUAACUUUGACAGCAACCUUUGUAGCUGGAAUCAGAUGAUCACAGAUGCUUUUGACUGGACAUGGCAGAGUGGUUCCACUCCCACACUGAUGACUGGGCCUUCUGCUGACCACACUGGUGGGGGCCACUACCUUUACAUUGAAGCCAGCAGCGUUACAUAUGGAGACACGUCUCGUCUCAUCAGCUCCGAGUGUUCUGACUCUGGUGCUCACUGUCUGCAGUUCUGGUACCAUAUGUAUGGCUCAGCUGAUACAAUGGGCCUCCAUGUAUAUUUGCUUCAGAACGGAGUAGCCAAUGCUGUUUGGCGCAAGAGAAAUGACCAAGGGGAUGUGUGGCACCUGGCUCAGGUGGACAUCACAGCAACAGGACCUUUCCAGAUCAUUUUUGAGGGACGAAGAGGCUCCAAUGAUCAGUCUGAUGUGGCCAUAGAUGAUGUAUCACUUCAACACGGACAGUGUGCAGGUCAGGUCCCUGACUGGGAUAAUGGAACCGAGCUUCCUCCCACGACUGUAGAAGUCCUCCUUCCACACCCAGGUGACAGUACAGUCUGCAGUCUCGGCUGUAACUUUGACAGCAACCUUUGUAGCUGGAAUCAGAUGAUCACAGAUGCUUUUGACUGGACAUGGCAGAGUGGUUCCACUCCCACACUGAUGACUGGGCCUUCUGCUGACCACACUGGUGGGGGCCACUACCUUUACAUUGAAGCCAGCAGCGUUACAUAUGGAGACACGUCUCGUCUCAUCAGCUCCGAGUGUUCUGACUCUGGUGCUCACUGUCUGCAGUUCUGGUACCAUAUGUAUGGCUCAGCUGAUACAAUGGGCCUCCAUGUAUAUUUGCUUCAGAACGGAGUAGCCAAUGCUGUUUGGCGCAAGAGAAAUGACCAAGGGGAUGUGUGGCACCUGGCUCAGGUGGACAUCACAGCAACAGGACCUUUCCAGAUCAUUUUUGAGGGACGAAGAGGCUCCAAUGAUCAGUCUGAUGUGGCCAUAGAUGAUGUAUCACUUCAACACGGACAGUGUGCAGGUCAGGUCCCUGACUGGGAUAAUGGAACCGAGCUUCCUCCCACGACUGUAGAAGUCCUCCUUCCACACCCAGGUGACAGUACAGUCUGCAGUCUCGGCUGUAACUUUGACAGCAACCUUUGUAGCUGGAAUCAGAUGAUCACAGAUGCUUUUGACUGGACAUGGCAGAGUGGUUCCACUCCCACACUGAUGACUGGGCCUUCUGCUGACCACACUGGUGGGGGCCACUACCUUUACAUUGAAGCCAGCAGCGUUACAUAUGGAGACACGUCUCGUCUCAUCAGCUCCGAGUGUUCUGACUCUGGUGCUCACUGUCUGCAGUUCUGGUACCAUAUGUAUGGCUCAGCUGAUACAAUGGGCCUCCAUGUAUAUUUGCUUCAGAACGGAGUAGCCAAUGCUGUUUGGCGCAAGAGAAAUGACCAAGGGGAUGUGUGGCACCUGGCUCAGGUGGACAUCACAGCAACAGGACCUUUCCAGAUCAUUUUUGAGGGACGAAGAGGCUCCAAUGAUCAGUCUGAUGUGGCCAUAGAUGAUGUAUCACUUCAACACGGACAGUGUGCAGGUCAGGUCCCUGGCUGGGAUAAUGGAACCGAGCUUCCUCCCACGGAUGUGCAAGUCCUCCUUCUGCACCCAGCACCCACUUGUCUGAAGAACAGUCACUACACCACUUGUAUCCCUGCAUGCAGUCCAACUUGUAUCCACCUGAAUGGCCCAACACGUUGCAGUGACGAUAACGGCUGUGUGCCAGGAUGUGUGUGUGAUGAUGGCUUUGUUUCAAAAUUCGGCGUCUGUGUGCCUAUCCAGCAGUGUGGAUGUGUGGAUAGGAAUGGCAACAAACAUCAGUUCAGUGAAGUGUGGUACACCAGUCACUGCAGUCAGAAAUGUAAAUGUGAACGAGACAACAGAAUUGGCAAGACUGAGUGCGCCGACAAAGAUGAAUGUGAUGGAAAUGCUGUGUGCCUUCAAAAUGACGAGGGCAAUUAUGACUGCCAGUCAACAGGUUUCAGUAAAUGCACUAUAGAUGGAGACCCUGAGUAUAAAACCUUUGAUAAAAUGAAGCAUGACUUUAAGGGUGAGCACUCUUAUGUGCUGGUCAGGACCGACAACUUGCCAAAUAACCUUCCAGAUGUCUAUAUCGAGAGCAUCAAUACUCGCACUGCAGAUGAUGAUAAUGAUGACAGUCAUCAUUACAGUGACAGUAGCAGUGAAGAAGACAGCAAAGAGCAUAAGGAACCCCACAGACUACAAGAGCUCAAAAUUAGAGUGUACAAUCACACUCUGGAGUUCAAGAAGAAUCGGAGUCUGGUUGUGAAUGGAAGAAGAGCUAAUACUCCUGUCUCACCAACUGCUGGUCUAAAGAUCUGGGAGCACUCCUCUCACAUCUACCUGAAGACAGACUUUGGCCUCUCAGUGGAGUUUGAUGGACACAGCACAGCAGAGAUCACUCUACCACACGUGUAUAAAAAGAAAGUGGGAGGUCUGUGUGGGAACUUCGACGGAAAAAAGGGGAAUGACCGGAUGAAGCCAGACGGUACCUGGGCCAUAAGCGUGCAAGAGUUUGGAGAGAGCUGGGCAGUAUGAAUAUCAGAAGGAAGAGACACAGCACUUGAGAUACCCCAUGCAGGUUUUGACCACCAGUAGAAACAUUACUGUGUCAGUUUACAGGAAAAUGCUACUGUACACCAAUAAUAUCUAUAUCUAUCUCUACCUUUGUAUGACAAUAUUGAAUGAUGAUGAUGGCAUUUUGCUGUUAUAAACAAAUAUUUGUUCAGUCUUUUCUAUUGCACUUGCAUUAUUGUGCGACUUUACAUAGUUUCAGGAAUCUGAUGUUAAGUGUAUAUUAGUAAACUUUCAAGUGUAUUUUGAAAAAGGUACUCGUCUCCUUGAAAUUUUAAUCACAUGCUUCAAUAAAUCUUUGCACUCUGUGACAAUAUAUCAGCAUCACUGCCGAGCAUAUUCUGUAUUCAGCUGUGCAUAAUGUACUAUACAAUCAUCUUUCACUUCAGUACAUCAAAAUAAAAGACACAGUACAGUGUGUUUAAAUACAUGGCUACAACUGG